AUGGAUUGGAAGUUUAAAAGCGAGUCCUCCAUUUUUGAGCUUUCAAAAUAUGUUGAGACCAACGAUUUAGAUAGCAUACUGAAUUAUGAAUGUUUAUUACAAGAAAUAAAAUCUGAAAAUUAUCAAUUAAUUAAUUAUAUAGUUAAAGAAGAAAAUUUAAAAAAAAUAAUAAGUUAUGUAAUCGAAGAAUAUGAUGAUAAAAGUAAUUAUGAUAGAUAUUAUAAAUUUCCAUAUAAAUGCCAUCAAAUUAUUAGUUCAGAAAAUAAAUUAAUUACAGAUUCUAUUGUAUAUAAUAACAGUUUAAUGAAAUAUUUUUGGACUUUUAUUUUGAAUAAGAAUCAAUUAAAUGAAGUUUUGGCAGGAUAUUUUAGUCGAUGCGCAAUAGCAAUAUAUAAUAAAAAUUCUAAAGAAGUUGUAAAUUUUUUAAAAAAAAAAAAAGAAUUAUAUUUAAAAGGUUUUUUAUAUCAUUUCUACUCAAGAAAUAUAACAGAAUUAUUUAAAGUCUUAUUAUUUGUUAAAAUACCUUAUCUAACUAUAUUUGAAAAUAAAAAUAUUAUAUAUCUAAUUUUAAGUAAUUUAAAUGGAAAUUUUUCUGAUAAUCAAUAUAUAGUUUCAGAUAGAGAAGAUAAUAUAGCAUGUCUUAUAAGAGAUUUAUUUGUUAGAAAAACAGAAAUAUAUUAUUUUAAUUAUUUUAUAAUUGAUUUGUCUUCGCAAAUAUCUUUUUUAUAUUUAAUAAAAUGUGUUUUUUCUGAAUGUCCAUACACUGUCUCAGCAGCUAUAACAAUCAUUUCAGAUCUACUCCAUUACACUAUUCUUGCAAAAUCAUAUAAUCAUAUUGAUUUCUAUGAAUGUUUAGAUAUAUAUAAUAAAGAAGAAGAAGCAAAAAAAAAAGAUGAACUAAAAGAAUAUGAAAUUUUACAAAAAAAAAAAGAAACAAAAAAAAUUAAAAAAAAAAGAAAAUCAAUUAAAUUUUUAGAUGAAAGCAUAUUUACUUCUAAAACUCAUCUUGCAUCAACACAAGGUUAUCAAAAUGAGGAAGAUAAUUUAUUUUUACAAAAUUCUAACAUAGAUCCAACCUGUGAUCUUUCAAAUAAUGUGACUGUACAAAAUGAAGAUGAAGAAAGUGAAGAAAAAUAUGAAAGAGUUAAACGUGAAAUUGAAAAAAUAGAAAUAGAACAACGAGACGAUAUAAAUAAAGAUACACAAUUAAAUCAUGUUAGUAAAAAAAUUAAAGAAGAAAAAAAUAUACAAUCUCAAACUGUCUCUAAUGAUGAUAUAACUAAUAAUCCAAACUUAGAUAAUUACAAUGAAAAUAUAAAUCAAAAUAUGAUAGGAAAUAAUUUUGAAAAUUCUAAUAAUUUAUUACCUACCGAACAAAUAAAUCCAGAUAUGUUAGUUGAAAAUAAUUCCAAUUUUAAUGACAGUAUAGAUGAUAAUAAUCAAAUUGUAAAUUAUAAUGAUCUAAAAAAUGAAAGAUGUAAUAGUGAUGGUUUUUCAUUUGGUUCUGAUUUUUCAUCAGAUUAUUCUACAAAUGAAGAUACCAUAGAACAUUUAAAAAAAAUAAAAUUCGAAGAUGUACUAAAUAAAAUGAAAAAUAUUGCUACACUUAAAAAGGUUUCACAAUCUGGAUAUAAAUUAAAUCAAGAAGGCGAAGUUCUAUCAUGGAACUCGAUAUGCCAAUCUGGUCAUGUUUCCCCACUAAGCCAACAAAACGUGCAAAAUUUACAAACUAUGCCGAACAUCCAAAAUGAAUUUCUUUGCACCGACGCAAAUAAUAAUGCACCCAACUUAUACAAUGAAAUGGCUAACGAGACAAACCGAAAAGAAUUCUCAACCAUAGAAACAGGACAUGAAUUCAUUCAAAACAAUCAAGAUGGUAAUAUUUUACAAAAUAAUGUUAAAACGACAUUUAAUAUGUUUCAAAAAGAAGAACGAGAACCAACCGUAAGUCUAGAAAAAUGGAUCGAGUAUUUAGAAAGUACAGCAUUUGUUGAUAUAUGUUUUUUAGGAUAUAUUAAAGAUAUUAUGAAUAUAUAUAUACAAAAUAUAAAAAAAAAUAAAGAUAAAAAUAUAUUAGGAUUUACAACUUUAGAAAUUAUACAAUUAAUAAAAACAUUAAUAAAAACUAAAUCUAAAAAUAUAUUAACAGAAAUAAUUGAUGAAGGUUUUUUUGAUAUAUCUAUAGAUAUAUUCUUUAAAUUUAAAUGGAAUAAUUUAUUACAUAUAUCUGUUUGUGAUCUUUUACAAACUAUCAUAUUUAAAGAAAAUGAAUAUUCAUAUGUUUUAUAUUAUAUAUUAGCUUUAACUACAUUUCUACCCAAAUGUUUACGUUAUUUUGAUGUUGUAAGAAGAUGUAGAAAUUUAAAAAAAAAAAAAAAAAAAAAAAAAUUAGAAGCCUUAAUAGAUUGUGGUUAUAAAGCACAUCUAUUACAUAUAUGUCAAAUACUAAGCAAUAAAUCUUUAGAAAUUAAAUGGCUAUCAAAUUUUUUAGUUACUGUUUCAGGAUGGAAUGAUAUAAUCAUUGAAGAGUUAAAUCAUUACUCUUUAUAUUUUAAUGACUCAAACUAUAUCAAUGAUAAAAAAAUAGACGAUACAGAUCAAACACAAUUAUUACAAAAUAAUAUUCAAAAUAUUUCACAACCUAAUGAUUUUACAAACAUACAACAUUCAGAAAAUAAUAAUUUACUACCCCAUACACAAAAUAUACAAAUCGAAAAAGAUCCUGAACAUCCAGAAAUAUUAGACAAUUCCAAUCUACAAAAUAAUAAUGAACAUACUGAAAACUCUAGUGACAUCAACUUUAGUAACUACUCUAAUGUUAUAGAUAUUUUAUUUGAUGAAAACAAAAAUAUAUAUCCUAAAUAUGAAGACGAAUUUAAUAAUAAUAAAAAUUCAUUCGGCUUUGAAAAUUAUAAUCAACUUACUCCUACUGACAAUGAUCAAAAUGGAAACCCAACCUUUGUCGACAAUCAAAAUGCCAAUCUAAACUUUGUAGACAAUCAAAACGCCAAUCUAAACUUUGUAGAUAAUCAAAAUAAUUAUUUAUAUGAAGACAAUGCAAAUGGCCAAAGUGGCUAG